UUCUAGUAAAAUUGUUUAUUUUUAGAAAUAAAAGUUUACCUAAUCUGUUCAACAAAAAGUAUAGGUAACUCAUCUAGUAAAGUAGCUUCUAAAUAACAGUGGUUGUAUAAAAGAAAAUUUAACAAAUGUUUUUAUUGUAAAAAUAUUCGUAAUAAAUCCUUACAUUUGCAAGAUUGUAAUUUCCAGUUUAAAAAUAACUAUUAAAUUUGAUAUAUAUAAUUCUAACUGAAAAUCAUCUUGUGUCUGAUGGGUGACAUAUUGUUUUCCUCUUCUGUUGGGCGGGCACUGAAGAAAAUGCAGUGUGGAUCAAUUCUUGGUAAACAGAAAAAUACACAAUUGAAUUGUUAAUAUCUAUUACAUUGUACUGUUAUAAUCACCUUAAAUUAUAUUUUUAAAAAAGGGUAUUUACAUAUAUAAAUACAUAAUUCGUGAAAUAAUAAAGCUUAAUAUUAAUUUCGAUGUGGUGUAUAUCGAUACGUAAUACACAUCGAUAUCUUAAGUCAAAGACGUACCAAACGAGCGACACUAUUGCCAUCUUUUGUCAUCAUGUUUGAACUACAUCACUGUGAUUAUAACACAUCUUUGACCCUCAUAUUUCUAAAAUAAAAAAAAAAUGCGAACAAAUGGAAGAUAGAAGUAAUUUGAUAAAGAGUUAAAUUUUUUAUUUAUGAAAAACUAAAUACCCUGUGUUUCUGACACAAUUUCAUUCCUUGAUUUAAAAUUAUCAGUUAUGUAACUUUCUAGGCUUAAUUGCUUUUUAUAUGAUGAAAGUAUAUAAUUAUACUAAAUAAGAUUUACAAAGCACUGCUAAAUAUUAUGCUAUUUUUCUAGGAUAGUAUAAAUAUGGGUUACUAAAUGUUUUCUUAAUUAACAUCUUAUAUUUUUCCAAAUUAAUUGAAUUUUGUUAUCCUACAAAAUAUGAUAAAAUAGUAUUAGCCAAUAUAUCAACUCAAAAUAUUCUAGUGUUAUUGAAGUUACAAUAUUUUUCAUAUAAUUAAUUAUUAUUAUUAAAUAAACUUUAGUCAAGAAAUCUCAUCGUACAAUCUGUUGGCUUUUACAUAUAUAUAUUCAUAAAAAUUAUUAUGAAAACACUUUCAUUUUAUCAGUUGCUCAGUUGAAGGUAGCCUAACCUAAGAGUGGUAAUAUUAUAAUUAUUGCAAGAAUUAAUAACAAAUAUGAUUAAAUAGACCUGUCUUACAUUAACAACUAGCUACAAAAAAUACCAUUAAUCUGUAAUAACUAAUAAAAGCCUUUCAAAUGAAAAAACAAACAAAAAAAUUUCCUCUCAUUAAAUUCAAAAACAAAUUGAGAGCUUUAUAUUUUCAUGUUCCAGAUAACAAGUUCUUGGAGUGGGGGACACAUCAAGGUUACUACUAACUGUAGAUAUUAAUUCUCAGUGACAGAGAACUAGGAAAUGGGUUAUGUAGCUUGUUUAUUUUCUUUCAUUUUAAAAGAAAUGAUUUAUUCUAAUUAGAAUAGAAAGUAAUGAUGUAUUCAUUGUUUCUGAUAUGUUGUUUUGUGACUGUUGGAAGUGCAACAUCGAUCAGUGAACUUCUCUUUCCAACUCAUAAUAAAUGUGGUUGUUUUUAUUAUGAGCAAUGCCCCAAACUUCAUGUACCUAACUGUACUAUUGAAGAUGAAAAUUAUGAGGAUCUUUAUCUACAAAAUUCUGCAUCUUCAAACUCUCCUGAGAUAUGCAACAAGUGGUUUCUGGAAGGUUUUAAUAAACAGUUAAUCUCAGAAAAUGGGACUCUCAAGAUAUCAAUUUCGUUCUCUUCUGCCUUAUUCCAGAAAAUUCCUCUUAGUGUUCAUCUCUUUUAUCAAAAUCAGUGCUUGGAUAUUAACAAUAAUAGUUCAUUUCAACUUUUAGCCAUGAAACACUCCACCAAGUAUAUUGCCGUAUCAGAGAGUUCUACUGAUUCCUGUAAUAAGGCUAUCGAAUUAUCAUUCCCGUAUAUUUUUUCUGGUUGCUAUCAGCUAUAUAUAAACUAUGGGAUUAAAUCAGAUAUCAUUGGGGGCUGCAUGUCAAGACCAUUUCUUAUAACUUCACCAUACAAGAAAAAAACUUUACACGAUGUACAGGUGAACCACAGCUCUUCGUAUAUUGGUCAAAGACAGGAAUUAGUUUUUACAUCUGUUUUUGGAAAUUUUUCUCAUGGAUUUAAACCAUUCUCGACAGCAGUAACAUUAAAAAAAGAUGUUGAUUUAUCAUUAGACGAUUGCGCUGGAAGUGGUAAUAGAGCUGAAAAAUAUUUUUUGGUGCAGAAUGGAGAUUGCUGCCAUGGUCUUGAACAUCCAAGAAACGAUGAACAACAUAAUAUGACAUAUUGCCCAUGCAAAUGGGAAAAUGAUAUGACAUUAGACUGCACAUUCCGUGAUAUAAAAAAUGGAAAUUAUUGUGUUAUUCUUCAAUUUUAUGACCCACGUUGUGACAAGACAUCGCUUUGGACCAACUCAAAAGUCGAUUGUGCCUGGUCAUUUAAUAUAGAAGCUAAAGGACAAAUCACACCCACUGAAACUGAACCUUACAAAGUUAAUAAUGUAUAUCCCAUGAUUAUUCUUUAUUGUCUAUUUGUUGUUCUGGUCACUGCUGCAAUUAUAUUAACAUUUUACUACUUUAAAAAAGAAAAAAAAAAGAAGCACACUUUUGCCAUUGAAAACAUCUCAACAGAAAAGUCUCUUUUUAUUAGCGAGGAAGAGGAAAUUCUUCUUCUAUAUCCUCGGGACUGCGAAAGAUUCAUGACAGCUAUGACGUUAUUCAGAAUGAUAUUGAAGGAAUCUUGUGCAUGUAAAGUUCACGACGCUUGGGAUGAUGAAAUUUUUGACAAAGUCGCAGAGUCAAUUGAGACUUGGUCUUUGCCAUUAAUUCAAAAUAAGAACACCAAAGUCAUCGUCAUUCUUACUGAGUGCUCGAAGAUUAUUGAAGAAUCUUACAUCGGGGACAAUAACUUCGCCUCGUACAGAGAUCCAAAAGCAUUAGAUAAAGUUUUCGCACAGUCAAUCAAGGCUUUGAAUGAGUACUUCGCUACAAGAUUUGAUAGCUACAGGAGGGUGUUUGUUGUGAGGUUAGAUGAAACACCCGUUAUUGAUUUCAGUUUCAAUUUCAACCGUGCCACUGUUUAUAUAUUACCUCAUGGAUUGCAGACCUUAGUGAAUGAUUUACAAAAUGGAAAUUCCACAUCAAUAAAUAAAGAAAGUCAUUUACGAUUGAAGGGAGCCAUUCAUGAAUACCAGGUUUACAAGCAACAGCACAUAAAUUAUUUAAAUGACAUUCUAAAUAUUAAUAACAAUUGUAGAAUAAUAAAAUGUUUGAAAAAUGGAAUAAUUAGAUAAUUUUCAUUAUUUAUUGUUUAAGAUCUUAAGUUUUAGUGAUGAAAAACAACACAAUGAGAUUGUUGAAAUUUCACUUUCUGUCUUCCAAUGAUCUAAUUUUUUUUCUUUUUAUUCAGCAAUGCUGGCUUGAUCUUAUUUUAGUAUUACUGAUCACAAUUUUACUUUUAUUGAGAAGUCAGACUGAUUAUUAGUGAUAUUCGUUUAUUAUUAUAGUAUUAAAUUAGUUUUAGUUUUAAAUAAAAUAAAUUUUAGAUAUGUUGGGACUAAAAAUAUUAAGUUAUAAUUGAUCAAAAAUACAUGGAAUAAAUCUCCAAAAUUUUCAAUAGGAAACUUAUUUAAAUUAUAACAUUUUUUUUUUCAUUUUUAAUGUAGCAUACUUAUGUGCUUUUUGGCAUUUACAAUUAUGAAAAUUUAAAACAAGAUUGUUACACCAAAAUCACAUUUUAAAUUAGUUUGGCCAUAAAAAACGAAAAAUGGCUGUAUUUUCAUAAAUGAGCAUACCAUGUAUGCAUAUUAUAAGCAAAUCUUUAUUAAUUAUGUACAAUUUUGUACAUAUUUAUUUCUUUGAUAGUUAAUUUUAUUUUCUUAUUUAACUUUAAGUGUUUUUAGUUUGUACCUUGGGAGUAUAUUAUGUAUAUAAUUUUUUUCUCACCAAUUUAGCAUUAUUACACAUUUGUUUUUAAGUAUGCUUACUUUACCCAGAGGUAAAGUAAAAAUUACAUGUUUUUAAGAGAAUACAUGUUUAAAUUUUUAUUUUGAGAGAAACAUCUGAUCAAAUUGCUCUCCUGUGAUGUAGUGUUCUAAAUCUUCGAGGUACAGAUGUAUAAUAUAUGUAUAUAUAUAAAAUAAAAACUAUAUUUAUAUUUUUGGCACCUGUGCGUAGUGUGUUAAGUAGAAUUUUGUCUAUUUUUAUGGGUAUCACCAGAAAGUUAAUUUCUCUCUCUUUCUUUGUGAAAAUAUGAUUUUUGCUAUUAACACACAGGUGUCACAGUCAUGUAAGGUGCAACUGUGUUUUGUGCAUUCAAAUAUAUUUUCAGGUUAAUUAGCCAAAUUUAAUGAGAUGGUUCUACUCCUAUUCUAAAUUUUAAAACAAUGAUCUGAUUCUCAACAUUUUAAUUUAUAUAGCAAAUAGAGGAAGCCUCAAAAAUUCUGAAUCAUAUGAUAAGAACAUAUAAUAACAUAAAGUUACAAUAUGAUAUAAAAUAUUCACUCAUCAAUACUGUAACUAGUUUUGGAUUUUCAUAUGAUUUUAGCCGUUGUAAAGGAAAAAUUUUAUAGAUCUACCAAACCAUUGAAAAAGUUUUUUUUGUACUUAAUUGAUGCUUAUUAGGAAUAGAAUCCAUUACUCAUCUUAGUUAAGUACAUUAGGCUAAAAUAUGUUUGUAGUACUUUUCUCAUAAUUGUAUAGGAGGCUAGUUAAGUUGUUUUUUAUUAUUUAUAUUAAUGAUUCACUACAAAGCACUAAAGACAUUUUAUUAUAAUAUUAGAUUUACUCUAAAUAUUUUUAUAUACUUUUUUGUUUUUAAUUAUUCUUUGAAGUGGCUUGGAGUUAAUAUUAGAGGCAGAUAAUUAAAUGGAACAUUAUUCCUAAAAAAUGCCUAAACAUCAGACAAACGGGCUCGUAUACUAUAAUAAAAAAGAUAUAAACAUAAUUUCAUUUUUAAAAAUGAAUGCAUAGCCCUAAUAUUUCAGUACAUAUUAUUUGCUCUGGAGAAUAUACUGAUAUCUAAAAUAAUUUGUAUUUUUGUGUAUAUAUAUUUUUAAAGUAAAUGUUCUUGAGCUAAGAAAUAUUAAAAGAAUGUUGAUUAAUUCUAUCUUUAAUAUCUGGAAGACUAUUAUAAAUUAAAGUUGGAAGGGAAAUAUCUAAUGCUGGAAAUAUUUUCUACGUCAAAAGUACAACAUAGAAUUUCUUAAAAAUUUUCAACUAUCUACUUUUCAAAGAACUAUACUUUUUCCUAUUUUUUUUUUUUUUUUUUUUAAACAAACACUGCUUUAUCAUUAAUAGAAUGAUAUUUUGUAAUGAACGUGUCAGCACUGAUCAUUUGAAGUAAAAGAUAUCUUUAUGAUACCAACCCUGAAUUCUGAAUCUACUGGAGUUUCCAAUCACUUGCAAUUCUUGUAUGUACGGGAUGUUCAAGGUCUUUAAUUGAAUUAGGGGAUUGCAUGACUUCAAUUGUGCUCUCAAAAUUUAUGAGAAGGAACACAUUUUUAGGGAUUUAUGAAUUUUCGAACGGUGCAAUUUUUUCUGUGGUUUUGUUUAGGGGAAAUUCAAACUAGAGAACAAGGGAUAGAACAUGGAAUAUAUUACAAGUGUAUUUGUAAAUUAUUUACAAUGUUUAUUUUGCUUUCACUUGAACCAUUUUUUAAGAAUAGGAGAUCAAUAAAAUUUUUUGCAAGAGAAUAUGUGCUAUCAUUCUUGGGUGGGAAAAAUCACACCUGAAUAGAAUUGUUAAAUAGUUGGCUUUGCCAGUUGGCAAAGUAGUUACUUCAGCACAGUCUUCAGAUCUUCGUACUUUUUCAACAAAAUACUGAACUUCAUGACAACAAUAUGUAUGGAAAAUUUGAAAGAAUAUUUAGGUGUGGAGUUUAAUACCUUGUUAUUAUUAAUAUUAUUUGUUAAAUUCAUAUAAUGAUAAAUUGCAAGAUAUUAACUUAUAGCAGCAGUUUUGGACUAAUUAAAAAGUAAUUAAUUGGUUUAAAAAACUGAGUUAUUUGGGAAUCUGAAGGUUUGGCUUCAGAAAGAUCUGUGAAUAUUGUAAAGUACUUUCGGGCAGAUUGCCAAAAUGUAUAAUUGAAAUUCUAGGACCAUUGACAGAAGAAGUACUUCUUCGAACUAAAUGUUUGUAUUAAUUUGAAAUACAUAUCGCUUAAAAAGUGAUUCCUCAUAAAUAUGAAAAAAAUCAAAACUACACUCUUUAUAUCAUUUUAAAAUAUGCAAAUUGAUUCUUCUUUCUAGAGACAUCUUGUAAUUUCAAAAAAAUAUAUAGAUAAAACUACAAAUGAUAGUUGUCGCAAGAUGUCUCUAGAACGAUGUCUUGAUAUUUUUUAGUGGUAUAAGGAUCAUAGUUUUGGUUUGAUUUUAAGGAUUUAUGAAGUAUCACAGCUAAAGUGAUAUUAGAAUUAGACUACAAACCUUGAGUAUCUAAGAGUUGGCUCUGCGAAUUCCAUCCUCCAUGAAUUUGAUCAAUCAUGAGCUAUCAGCUGCCGUCCAAAUUUUAUCCUAAUUUGUAAACGAAAUAUUUUAUAAACUUAGAGAUUUCUGGUAUACACGAAUAGGUACUUAAAAUUGUGCAAUAUAUUAAUACUAGUGAAACUAUUGUAAUAAAAUUAUGAUUAAGGCAAUAAAAAAAAAAUUAAAAUAAAAAAAUUCUCAUCUUAAGGUUUUUAAGAACAAAAUUGAUGAUAUUAUGGAAAUAACACUUCUUUAACGAGGGAUUACAUAUAUUUUGUUCAAUAAUCUGUAAUUUAUUGACAUUGUUACUCCAAACCAUUUAUUAAAAAAAAAAAAUGUGUUCAAAUUCUAAUGUAUAAAUAUGACAAAAUAGUCUUUUAUGAUGUACCUUUUGUUUUACGCUAUUAUUAAGAAUAUUGGUAUACUGAUAUUAGAAUAAUUAGCUAUGUUUUGUCACAUCGUCUAUGUAAUAUAUUCUUAUGUUUUUACUGUUUUAGUUUAUGCAUUUACUUAACGCACUAUUUGAUGUUGAUCAGAUAAUUUUACCUUUAUUUUUUUUGGUUCAUUUUAUGGGGAAUAGGUGAAAUUAUAUUCUAAAUUCUAUAUUAAUAUGAGCAUGGUAAUUUUAUGGAUUUAGAAUGAAAGUUGUAAUAUGUGCACAUUAUUAAUAUAAUUUUAGUAUAAUAUAUUUUUUUAAAUAUAAAAAUGAAUUGAACAUUGAAAAAGAGUCUGAAUUAAAAGGGACUUAAAUGUAAUAUGUUAAUAUAGGAUGUUCUUUUUUUUUUUUUUAUCUAUAAUGUAUUGUUUACUUGCCAAUAGAUUUAAUUGAUUAUUCUUCAUCUAUAAGAUUCUAAUGCACCAAAAAUUAAAAAAAAAACUUAAAUGUAAGACCAUGAUUUAUUUUUAUUUUUAAUUAAUAACUUUAUUUAACAAACUGUUUUAAAUUUUUGCCAGGUACUUAUUAUAUUUAUAGAUAUUACCCUAUGCAAUGGGGAAGACACGUAGAAUCAGAAACUGCUUUGAACUUUUGUUCACUUAUAUUUAUGUACAAAUUAUGUUUACAUGCUUACAAUACUUUGCUCAAUUUAUGACGAAUUUAAUUAGUUUUGGUUUUAGGAUUUUAUUGAUGUCAUUAAAUAUAUGUGUUACAUUUACAAAAUUGCUAAAAAAUAUAUAUGAUAUAUUUAUUAAUUUAUAGUAGAAGCAAAAAUCUCAGUACAAAAUUAUUUUAAAAAUGACUGAUCCGAUUUAUUUUCACUAUUAUAUGAGCUUGACUUUAAAUCGUGUGGUUGUUUAUUACAAAGAAUAAAUUUACAAAAAUUAAUAGAAUUAAUAAACAAAACAAUCUUUAUAAUUACAAUCCAUGAAGGUUCUUUGGUACAGUACAUGAUAAAUCAAGAACUGAUAAGCAAUCUACAGUAAAUGUAGUCAGGAUCACACACAACCAUCAGGUUUUUUUACCUGUAAAAAAAAAAGAUUAAUUAGGAAUGAUAUGAUCUUGAAAAUAUACAGGAACCUAGAACGUAAAUGUAUAUAGCUACCUCACAUGUAACUAUAUUUUAUUUUAUAAUUCCUAAAUGCUAGAAUUAAGGAAUCGUUGAAGUAGACAUUGUUAAGUCUAGGUAGAUAGAUAUCUUUUUAACAUCAUUUUAUUUCAGCCUUUCUACCUCUUGUUUCUUAUUCUUAAGUAUCUAUGAUCGUUAAAGACAGUUUUAUUUUUUUAAUGAUUUUACUUAUUUUAUGCAUAAAAAUAUAUUUCUAGUUAAACCAUGUUCCAUAAAAUACAUGAACCAUUAUGUUUAUUGAAAUUUAAAAAAUAUAUAUAUUAUAAUUGAAAAGUGCAAUUGAUUAUUAGUUAUUUAAUUUUUGCUAUUCAUUAUGUAUGGUACAAAGUCAUAUUAUGUAAAUAAUAAGAAUUUAUGUUUUAAAAUAGUUUAGGCAUGAUUGUGAAGUUAAAAUCUAAAAGAAACAUUAAGGUGCUUUAAUUGUCUUUUCAAAUAAAUUAUUUGUUGUAUGUUCAAAUUUAAAUACGUAAAAAUGUAUAACCAGAUGUAAAUUAUUGUUAAUUAGUUGGUUUACUUUCUUUCUCUUGUUAUGUAAUGUCGUACGAAUUAAAUGUUAAAAAUAAACACUCACUUUUUUAUAAAUAUUUUAUUUAUUAUCCUCCAAACUUUCUGAGAGUAAAAUGAAAUGAGCAACAGCAGAUACUCUCUUAUUUGA